AUGAAUGGGAUUGCUAUCGACGAACAACUUUUGGUUUUAAUCGUGAAGAAAUUGGUUGAAAAGACAUUUACUGAAAAUGUUGCUGCCUUGGAAACCGGAGUGUCACAGAAUGCAAAUCCAGAAGGAUUGCAGAAUUUUAUAGUUUAUUUUUGCAUAAGUUCGUUAUGCUCUACCAGCAAAGCGAGAAGACCUUUCGAAAAACCACGGUUCGGUUUGCGGAAAGCUGCUGGAUUUCAAUCAGCUAUUGAAAACGAUCAGGAUGAUACAGAGAAAUCGAGUUUUAGUGGCGCAGCACUAUUAAAGUACAAUUUCUUUUGCGAGCUGUAG